GGUUGCAAGGUACGAACAAAAGUGAAAUGUUUCUCUUUUAUGCGUGAUCGGGAUGCGUUUAAUUGAGGCAAUUCUUUUACACACGACCGUCUCUGUCUUCUACAGGUGUGUCAUGCCCCGGGGCGACCGGGCUGGGCGUCAUGAGUGAUGAGAGGGCGCAGUUCGAACGCGAUGCCGUGGAGUUCGCCUCCAGGGCGGUCCAGUUCGAUAAGGAAGGCAGUGCUGGUCCCGCCGCCUUUUAUUACAGGGAAGCGGCCCAAGCACUGCAGUCAGCACUCCUGUCUGGCUCCCAGCUUGCUGGCAUUUCAGAGAAAUCCUCAGAGUACCUGGAUCGAGCCGAAGAGCUAUGGAAGCAAGCCUCGGGCAACACGCACCAGCAGGUGUCAAGCAGCGUGCAGCAGCUGGAGCUGGACCGGGCCAAGUUCCUGCUGGGCCAAGCCCUGGACGAGGACGAGGCCGAACACUGGCAGGAGGCCCUCGAGCUCUACACCCACGCCAUUGAGCUUUGCCUGCAGGCGAGAGGUGCAACAGAGGAUAAGUCUCUGCAGGAGAAGUUGGCCAGCAUUGCCACCAGGGGGCUGGAAAGGGCGGAGUGCCUCAAGGGUAAGCUGAGCAGCGAGAGCACCAUCAGGCCUGCGCCGUCGGCUCCCUCCCUCCAGGGGGCCCGGUCCCCGGGGCCGGCCAGGCUGGGCCCCAGGCGUGUGCUGAGCCCGGUGUCUUCCGAGGCCUUGUCUCCAGACCACUCCUCUAGACUGGGACCCAACGGGGAGGGCGCACAGGCCCCUAAGAGCAAGCUGCUGGUCAGUGGCAGUGACGGCUACACCCGCGAGGAGAUCGAGGUGCUCAGGAAGACGUCCCUAAUCAAUGGGCGGGAAUACGUCCCUUUCCUGGCCACGGAUCGCCAGGACCGCUUUGCCUUCAAGCUCCCGUUCUGCGACCCCGAGGGGAAGCUGUCCCUCUCCCCCAAGCAGCGAGACUCCUUCAGCCACUGGGUACGACCGGAAGACAUCUGCUACGACCCCAAGGUCAUUGAGCUGGUCGACUGCUUCAGCAUCAGGCAGACGGUGGUUUCCGACUGCUCCUUCGUGGCUUCCCUGGCAGUGAGUGCUCUGUACGAGAAAAGGUUCAAGAAGAAAAUCAUCACCAGCAUCAUCUAUCCCCAGAACAGGCAGGGCCUGCCAGUGUACAAUCCCUGCGGAAAGUACACCAUCAAGCUGAACAUCAAUGGGGUUCCCAGAAAGGUGGUGAUAGAUGACCAGCUGCCCAUGGGCAAGCGUUCAGAGCUGCUCUGCUCAUACUCUAACAACAAGAACGAAUUCUGGGUUUCUCUCCUGGAAAAGGCCUACAUGAAGGUCAUGGGAGGAUACGACUUUCCUGGCUCCAAUUCCAACAUCGACCUGCACGCUCUGACAGGCUGGAUCCCCGAGCGGGUAAGCCUGCACGGCGGAGGGGAGGUUCCGUUCGACCGGGAGGCCUUGUUUGCCAAGCUGCUGGAUCGGCACCAGCGGGGGGACGUGCUGGUGACCCUGGCCACAGGCGAGCUGGCAGAGGCCGAAGCCGACCGGUCCGGCCUGGUGCCCUCCCACGCCUACGCCAUGCUGGACGUUAAGGAGGUGCUGGGCAAGCGUCUGUUCCUGCUCAAGAACCCCUGGAGUCACCUGCGCUGGAAGGGGAAGUACUCCGAGCGAGACACGGUCAACUGGACUCCGGCCCUGUCCCAGGCUCUGCGCUACGACCCCAGGAACGCCGCCAUGUUUGACAAUGGGGUGUUCUGGAUCGACUAUGAUUCGGUGUGCCAUUUCUUUGACGUCGCCUACCUGAACUGGAACCCCAACUUGUUCCAGUAUACUUACUGCACUCACCGGACGUGGAAUGCCGGUACGGGGCCUGCCAAGGACCUGUACAACAUUGGAGAGAACCCACAGUACACGCUGGAGAUGACCAAGUCCGGCUGCGCCGUCUGGAUCCUUCUCACCCGGCACAUCACCGACAGGGAAGAUUUUGCCAAUAAUCGGGAAUACAUCACGCUUCUGGUGUACAAAAACAACGGGAAGAAAGUAUACCUGCCAUUCGACCCCCCGCCGUACCUGGACGGGGUGCGCAUCAACAGCCCGCACUACCUGUGCAAGAUGGUGAUCCCCCAGGGCGGAGACACCCGCUACACCCUGGUGGUGUCCCAGUACGAGAAAAGCAACACCAUCCACUACACCUUGAGGGCGUACGCCAGCUGCCCCUUCACCCUGGUGCCCAUCAGCAACCCGUACACGCACGUCAAAGAGGAGAAGCGUGGCGCCUGGACGUCCGAGACGGCCGGGGGCUGUGGCAACCAUCCCGAGACGUAUGGCCGCAACCCGGUCUACCAGGUGUGCCUGCAGACAUCGCACGACGACAACCAGAUGCUGGUCAGCCUCAAGGGCCCCAAGCAGUACCAGAUUGGGUUUGACGUGGUGACGGUGACGGCCAACAACCCCUCUUGUCCCAACGUGUUCUCACGGAAAGGAUCUGGGAUGUACAAGUCCGGCUUCACCGUGAUGGAGUUGGAGCGCCUUCCCGGAGGCAUCUACAACAUAAUCCCGUCCACUUUCAUGCCCUUCCAGGAGGGCCCAUUCUUCCUCACAGUCUCAGCCACGUGCCCGUUCAAAUUCUCGCGCAUCAAGUAGCGGAUCUCGUGACGCCGUGCCUGCUCGUGGGGGAAGGAGUUCGCCCACGGACAAAUUGAUUGUGUUUGACGACGCCAGUGAAAACCGAUUCUGGGUUAUCUCACUUUGUUGUGAACCAAUAGGAGAGCAAGAGGAAGGCCUACAGCUCUCAUUCUUCAAUAGAGAGUGCGGCAGUUGGUCUAGCGUGGUUCCUGUCGAGAUCGCUUUGUCUGUCAUCCCAGGCUUGUGCCACCAAAAAUUGGUUUUAGUUGGGAUAAAUUCUUUUCAAAUUUAGUCACUUCUUUUUUUAUUUAAUUAGUUUUUGUGUUGAGCAGCUUGAUAACAUUAGUCUCUGAAUUUUCUGGCAGGUUGCUGGUUCAUGGUCUUGACAACAAGCUUUCUCCAAGGCCCAUUUGCAUCAUUUGAAAAUGCGCCUUAGGUUGGAAAGUGCAAAAUAUUGACAGGUGGCUCUCAUCGCAUGUCAUACGUUGCUUUUGGCUUUGCUUACAAGUUUUCCUGCAGGCCCUAGCAAUGGGGACGUUGUACAUGUGCACUCUUUUUUCAAAAAUGAACCUGUGCACGUUUUCUGCGGAAAUAAUGUCGGACCCUUUUAUUCUAUAAGUAUAGGUCUCUGUUCAAAAGUGGAGAUAUUGAUAAAAUUUUGAUUCACAGACUUAAAUUUAAAUAUAUAGGCCUUUUCUGGGUGAUUCAUUCUGCUCACAACACCAUUUUAAAUUACCAUGGGUGAAUUAAGAGCACUUUAUUAUGUGAAUUGCUGCACUUGAAAGUUUGAGCUUAGCGGUACUUUUUGUGAUAUUCAAGUCACAUUGGAGUGAACAAUAUUUUCAUCUACAAAUGGCAUUGUAUAGCAACAUUUUACUGUUUAUUUUUCAGUCUCAUACUUUCUGAAGUGGUUCUGACAAAUUUACUUCUGUGCUUACAAUAUCUUAAUGACCGACUUUGAAAUUAUUUGUUGUAAGGGCAUCUUCAAUCAUCGUUUGUUGAAGCAAGCUCCCUGAAUCGAAAGCAGCUCAUUGUAUAUUGACCAGCUUGUUGGGAUGCAAAGCAGCAGAAUGCGGUGCCAGCGAUUGUGCGUUCACAUCAAAAGCUUCUUCAGUGAAGAACAUAUGUGAAAAUAAAAUAAUGAAGGUUGUUGGUUUCACACAUUUAUCAUGGCAGUGAAAUUAUUGUGUUUUGUUUGAUAUGUUUAAUAAACAGCUUAAUGCAAACA